AUGGCGGCAAAGAUUACCGUCGGAGGCUGUUUAUGGCGGCGCUUUAACUGGAAGAGAACACCACCUCGAUUUCUGCUCUUCUCUGUUCGAUCCGCUCAUUCCACGGAUGACAUGGACACCGUCUACAAGCAAUUGGGAUUGUUCUCACUAAAGAAGAAGAUCAAAGAUGUUGUUCUUAAGGCUGAGAUGUUAGCACCGGAUGCUCUUGAAAUCGAAGAAGAGGAAUGGAUAAAGCAAGAAGAGACAAUGCGUUACUAUGACUUAUGGGAUGAUCUAACCAAAUCCGACGAGAUUCUUCUCAAAUUAGCUGAUUGUGCCAAAGCAGUUGAUUCCCUCAAAGACCUCAAAUACAAGGCCGAAGAAGCUAAGCUGAUCAUGCAAUUGGGUGAGAUGGAUGCUGUAGAUUACAGUCUCUUCGAGCAAGCUUACGAUUCAUCUCUCGAUGUAAACAGAUCUUUGCAUCACUAUGAAAUGUCUAAGCUUCUUACUGAUCAAUAUGACGCUGAAGGAGCUUGUAUGGUUAUCAAAUCUGCAUCUCAAGACACAAAAUCUCAGAUAUGGACAGAACAAGUUGUAAGCAUGUACGUCAAAUGGGCAGAGAAGCUAGGCCAAAAUGCAAGAGUGGCUGAGAAAUGUAGCAGUAAAAACGGCGUAGUUUCGGCGACAAUAGAGUUUGAGUUCGAGUUUGCUUACGGUUAUCUCUUAGGUGAGCGAGGCGUGCACCGCCUCAUUACAGGUUCUUCUUCUGAUGGGGUAUGUUCAGCGAGUGUUGAUAUCAUACCGCUGUUCUUGAGAGCAUCUCCUGAUUUUGAAGUAAAGGAAGAGGAUUUGAUUGUAACGUAUCCUGGAAAUGAGAAUCAUAUGGUGUGCAUUCAACAUAUUCCGAGUGGAAUCACAGUAAAAUCUUCAGGAGAAAGAAACCGGUUUGCAAACAGGAUCAAAGCUCUAAACCGGUUAAAGGCGACUCUGCUUGUGAUAGCAAAAGAGCAAAAGUAUGAGGACGUAAAAAAAAUCAACAGGCAAGUAGAAGAAACUAGGAGAUAUGUCUCUAAGGGUCAGAAGAUGGUGGUUGAUACGAAAACCGGUUUAGAGAUUCUUGACCUGAAAUCGGUCUUGGAUGGGAACAUUGGACCAUUUCUUGGAGCUCAUAUUGGCAUGAGAAGAUCAAUCGAUCCGGUUUAG